AAUAACUUGGAGAAACUUGAGAUUUCUUCAUUUUGUUUCAUUUCUCUUUACUCCACAACGUUGAAUAAUGUCUCGUUUAUCUUAUUUCAGUUAAAACGAGUAAAACAACUAAAACGACUGGAUCAAAUUGUUUUGUCGUAACAUGUCUGACUGUCUGACUGUCUGACUGUCUAUCUAUCCAUCUAUCCAUCUAUCCAUCUCUGCAUCAAAUCCUUCUAGACCGCCAGUUUACUCGUCGAAUUCCCGUCGCACUGCUCUGGUAUUGGUGGUGUUAGUGUCAACUGUUCUGUUGGUUCAAUUGAUUACUACACUACAGUACCUGCAGCGGAUGUGUACGGACUACAGUCUAAUUUCAAACUGAAUCCACCGUUACGAUCCACUCACUCACUCACUCGCUGCAUUUGCAUUUGCAUUGAAAUGCACCCCGGACUAUGGACUCCUUCUCACCUCAAGAGCAAGAAAUCAAUCGAGCUCAGAGGGAAUCAUCAAUUUUUGAUCUCCCUCAGUAUGUAAUAAGUUAUAAUGAUGAUCAUACAUUACGAUGGGAUCCUCCAGCUGGAUCCAAGGAAUUAUCUAUCGCUUUAAGUUAUCAUUUCCCUUUAGAACAGGAUCUUGGAAGCAAAAUGCAAGCUGCCACUAGGAAGUUUCUUCAAAAUGAACGACACAAGAAAUCAUCAGAUGACUCCAAGACUACUGAAACCCUUGAGCAUUUGAAUUUCGAUGGUUUACCCUUGCAUAUGGAUACAGAAGAUCAGGUCACGCGACAAAAGAUGAAAGUACCAGAGUCACCAUCACAUGUCAAACCCGGAUCAAUAGCAUCCCACCGUAUUUCUAUGCCGGAAACUAGAACUAUUCAGUUCCUCACAUGGGAUGCUGAUAUGAAGGAAUUCAGUCCUAAGAUAAAGAAAAGACGAUAUGAUAAGGAAGAACGAGUAAAAGUUGCAGCUAAUAGAGGGUUUGCAUGUGCCCGGCAUAGAAGGCAGAAGAUGAAGGUAGUUGGGUAUCACUUCCAGCUGUGAGACUCUCACUAACACUUGCUAGUGUGAUCCUGAACGAUGUUCAAGAAACAAACAACGGUUGAGUAGUUUAGAGUAUAUGGCUGCCAAAGUCGAGGCCCAGUCGACCCUACAUAAACGACAUUCUUCCUUCAUUCCAGACCCUGAGACUGCCAGUCAGAUAAACACCACGAUAGAUGCCGAGACAUUCACGUUAAACUCAUCACCUUCGGAUCCACCUCCAAGAUGGACCACAUCUUCUUUUGUUGAUCCUGCAACACUUUACAAGUUAGAAGGCUUUCAUACGAGUGCUCAAUCAUUGGAUUUUCCUACACCUUCCCUCGAAUUUAGUUCGAGAUCACAUGACUCAAUCGGGUCUGUUCUAUCCACAAGUUCAGACAUGAACUUUCUUGCUGGUUAUGAUGGAAUGAAUUUCGACAUCUCCAACUACGAGACAUAUCCUUGGUGGCCACGAAAUGAUCAAUUUGACCCUGCCAGUUCUACCUUCGAUGAUUUCAUGCCAAUUGAUCAACCUGUCACAGUGUCAAAUACUUCACAAAUGGAGACGUUCGAACUCCAGGAUAAACAGCCCUCUACAUUUGACCAACCUCUAAUAGAACCUCCACAACAAUUAGUUUGGUCUCAUGAUGUAAUCGUCCCAGAACCAACCUAUAUGAUAGAAUCCGCCUCCACUCACCUCCGCCCAUCAUCAAGUCCAAUGGAAAACACGAUAACUUUAGUGGAUGAAAGCCGACAUUGUCAACAAGAUUUGAUGGAAUGGGAUGCAGCUCGUCCAUCAAGCGUUACUCGAGAAUACUUCUCCAAUAACCAAGUGAAACCAUUAACAGAUGAAGAGAAAAGAACAUUAAUUAAAUGGUGGGGUAGAGACAGAUCGUCCGAACAACCAGAGAGUAUUCGUGGUAGACAAAACUCAUAUGGAAGCCAACCUUCAACUGGUGAUAUGGCUGGAGUUGAGACUCAAUCAGGUAUGGGUGUUGGGAAGAAGGCUAGCCUCAGGGAAAAGGUCAAGACUGCUACGGUUCAUGUGCCACCCUUUCCUAGGAGCUUGUUUAGAAGUCGUUCGGCAGGAAAAGAGAAGAAGUCUUAGAUUUUAACUAUUGUAUGAGAUAACCACGCUCUAUUUUUUUUUAGGAAAAUCAGGAGUUGGGUUUAGUGAAUAUUGGAUUGCUGGAAAGAUUCUACUGGUGUGCGGAUAUCCUGUCUUUUCCUGACAUUGAAUUUUUCUUGGAACUUUUGGGCAUUUAUAUAUAUCACAGCAGCGAGAUGAAGAGAUAGAUGUCUUUUCGCAUAUUCAUUCCCAAAGAGAAUCUUAUCGUCAUCUCUCAGAAUAUAGAUUUAGCGGAACUCGCAUUAUGUAUUGUCGAAAUUUAAUCAAUGCC